CCCCUCACUUCGCUCUUCCUUCCUUCCUCAACCUCAACAAACGACCCCGAGGCAUUCGAUAGGGCAAAAAUUCCUUCUGCGAUGGAUCCAUGACCUAAGUCUACUUACCUAGGUAUCUUCGGUCCAGAUAUCUGCGCCCUGAUGAACUCUUCAAUACAAAAACUGUAGUGUUCCUUUCAGACAUGGACCCCCCGCGCACCAUCACUAUCGGCAUCAGCGGCUGCUCCUCGUCUGGGAAAACCACCCUCGCGAGGCUGCUGCGUGAUAUGUUUCCCGAGACUUUUAUCCUUCACGAGGACGACUUUUACAAAGCCGAGUCUGAACUUCCGAUAAAGGACGGGUUCGCCGACUGGGACUGUCCCGAAUCCAUAUCCAUUCCCGACUUGGAAGCCGCUCUUGCCCACGUCCGCGCAACGGGCACGUUCCCACCCAACGUCAACUCCCUGGAGGAUCUCAACACCGUCGGCCCCUGCCCGGCGACCCCGGACCAGAUCGCCGCCUGCGCCGCCAAGGUCCGCGCCUGGCUCUCCCCCAACCGCCCGGGCGCCCUCAUCUUUCCCCCCAAGCCGCCGUCGUCGUCAUCAUCCCCACCACCACCACCAUCAUCAUCAUCAUCACUACUACCAUCAUCAUCUUCAUCAUCGGAUGCUACCAGGCCGCCCAAGACACGCGUCUGCAUCCUCGACGGCUUCCUCCUCUACUCCCCGCCACCGUCCACGCCCACGCCCACAUCCACGUCGACCGCCGCCGCCGCCGCCGCCGCCGUCAGUAGCCCGCUCCGCGGGGUCAUGGCCCAGCUGGACGUCAAGCUCUUCCUGAAGGCGAGCAAGGCCAAGGCGCUGGAGCGGCGCGGGGCGCGCGACGGGUACGUGCACGUGGAUGGCUUCUGGAAGGACCCGCCGGGGUACGUGGAGCGAGUCGUGUGGCCCAACUACGUCGAGGCGCACCGGUGGCUGUUUGAGCGCGGCGACGUCGAGGGCGGCCGGCUGGACCGCGCCGUCCUCGAGAGGGAGGGCAUCUUGACCCCGGGGCUCGACCCCGACCCCGACGGCGGGGAGGCAGGGGGUGAGAGUGGAGGUGGAGGAGGAGAAGAAGGAGGAGUCGGGGUCGGGGUCGGGGGGAACCAGGAUAUUGAGUUUGGUAAGAUUCUGGAGUGGGCGGUUGAAGUCGUCAUGAGGGAGUUGGAGAGGCUUUGCCUGGGGGAGAAAGACGGCGUGGGGAAGGAGUAGAGGGGGCGCAGAAGAAGGAGCUAACUAGAAUAAAGGGGAUGGGGGAAAGGGGGGGCAAGAGAUAGAGUGAAGAAAGGAAGGAAUGGGGGUUUAUACGGAUCCGUAUUAGAACUGAGGGGUUUACUUGGUAUCAGAGACAAAUAGAGAUCAAUCUAUCGUCACGCGGCGAAGCUGAGCUUCUGAGUAGAUAUCUACA